AUCCUAGUUUCAAGUGAGAUCAAUUGUUUAUCUACUGAAUGGGGACUUUUUUUUCUAAUUAUAAUAUUCUGUAAUAAUUAGCUUGACUGCACACGUGAUAAAUUUAGAAAUACUCGUAUUACGAGUCUCGUAUUAAUCGCAUUAAUUUAUAUUGUGUGAAUUUUAGCAAGUGGAAUGUAAAGAUCGUGCACUAAAGAUUGCUAACGAUUAGGGAAAACUUUGGCGUCCAAUUGUGUGUUUACUCAUCGUCGUCAUAGUUAAUCUCUAGACUGUGGACGGUACGAGGGCAGCUCUGAUUACGAAUAACGAAUAUAGUAAUCACAUCAGAAUCCAUGUACUUAUUGUUCAAAUUGUAGUCUCAUAUAAGUUUCAAGCAAUUAUUUUAAUUAUUUGUAUGCUAAGCAUGCAGCGUUGGUGCUUGCAUCGCCGUCCGCUAAGCUGUCGAUUAGAUAGUUCAUGAAAGUGCUCGGAGUCACAUUGGUGAUGGAAUCGUCUUGGCUAAAAGUUUCAUGUUUGCUGUGCGUCUUUGGAUUUCUCCGGGAGCUACGGCCAUCGGAACCGUAUCAUGCCGAGAUCCUGCUGGGCGAGUGGUAUAAUGUGACACAGGAUCAAGUGAAUCGUUCGGUUUAUCCCGUUGGCACUUACUCAUACCUCGCGCUGUUGAUUGUUGUAUUUCUGGUCACGGACUUUCUCAGAUAUAAACCGCUGAUUAUUGCCAACGCAUUAACAGGCAUUGUUAUCUGGAGUGUACUUAUAUGGACAACAACGUUAUUGGGAUUGCAAAUCGUUGAGGUGUUUUAUGGUUUUUAUCAAGCCACCGAAGUGGCAUAUUACUCCUAUAUAUAUGCCAAGGUCGACAAGCAGUAUUAUCCCCGUGUUACCUCACACACCAGGGCGGCGAUGUUCGUGGGCAAAUUGGUGGCUGGUUUAUCAGCACAGCUGCUUAUAAGUCUGGAUUGGAUGAAUUACAAGCAGCUGCUCUAUAUAUCUGCUGGCUCCCAAGUAUUCGCUCUCAUGUGGGCUUUUGGACUUCCAAAGGUUAAGAAGAGCGUGUAUUUUCACCAUAAGCCCGACACAGUAGCAAUUCAACAUGGUACAUCUUCAAAUGUUGAACGCCUUGGGCCAGUGGCACUUUUGUGGUCCCACUUUCGCAGCGCCUACUCCAAUCCCAUGGUAUUGCAAUGGAGUCUUUGGUAUGCCAUCGCCUUGGCGGGUUAUCUGCAAGUCACGACAUAUAUGCAGGUGGUUUGGAAAUCCUUUGAUGACGAGCCAACGAUCGUAUGGAAUGGGGGCGUGGAUGCCGCCCUAACUGCCUUAGCUGCUCUAUCCACCUUAUUAGCAGGCUAUCUGCAUGCUGGUCGUUUAAAGUCCCGUGCCAGUUUGUUAACCUUGUCCGUCCUGUCGGUCCUCGAAGGUGGAUGCGUCUUAUUAGCUGCCUGGCCAAAAAACAUAUAUAUAUCAUAUUUGGGAUAUGUGCUUUUUGGAGCAAUCUAUGGCUUUACCAUUACAGUGGCGAGUGCUGAAUUAGCGAGCAGUCUACUUGAGGAUAGUUUUGCCUUGAUCUUUGGCAUUAAUACACUCGUAGCUUUAGUACUCCAAUCGUUGCUCACUCUUGUAUUCGUGUCGGAGAGCACUGGCCUCAACCUCAACACAUUUGAGCAGUUCACUGUUUACGCAUUUUAUUUUAUUAUAUUCGGCAUUGUGUAUUUUAUUGCAGUUAUUGUGGAAUUUCUAUUGCGUCUAGCAAAGGUGUCAAAAACUCAAGUAAUGGAAAUUGAAUAAAAAAAAUAGAAUAUGGGGAAGAAAUUUGCACGUCGAAAAUUCCAACUUCAAACCUUAUAUUUUCGAUAAAUAAAACGGCUAAUAAUCGAGUUAUUUGUAAAAACUUACAAAUAAUUCCGUGAAUAAUUUAACAAUUGUAGUAAAUAAUGGAAGCAUAAUAGAGUAUUUUUGUCGUUGCCAGUAGUUUGUUAUUACAGUU